GAGGAGGGCGGGAUUAGAUGGAGUAGGAGUAGGGAAGGUGUAGAUUGGCGGAGAGCGGUAUUUUAUUAUUGAUUAUAGAUUAAUAAUCACUUUAUCAGAACCACCGUAAGCCCGAGCCCCGGUCUGCAGCGCGCUAACGGCCCGCCGGUCCGCCCGAGAGAGAGAGCGCAGCCCGCGGGGUGAUCUCAGACCGUGUCCCGCAGCCGCUCAGCGGGGAUGGACAGUGAGUUGUCAGACAUGGAUCACACUCCAGCUCUGGAUAACAGCAGCAUGGAGGAGGAGAACGCUCCGCUCUACUGCAUCUGUCGGAAACCAGAUAUCAACUGUUUUAUGAUCGGCUGCGACAGCUGUAACGAGUGGUUUCAUGGUCACUGUAUAAACGUAACGGAGAAGAUGGCCAAAGCUAUCAGAGAGUGGUACUGCAAGAGAUGCCAAGACAAGGACCCGUCUCUAGAGAUCAAAUAUCGAUCCAAGAAGAAUCGAGAAAAGGACGGAGAAAUUCACCGAGCUGAGAAACGCUCCAGUACUCCAGACUUCAAACUGGAAAAACGCAGAGGAUCUAAAGUGAAGCGUUCAGCGCGGAUGUGUGGUGAGUGUGAACCCUGCCGGCGCACCGAGGACUGCGCUCAGUGUGAUUUCUGCAAAGAUAUGAAAAAAUUUGGAGGCCCAAACAAAAUCCGUCAGAAAUGUCGACUGAGGCAGUGUGUCGUUCGCGCUCGGAAAAUGCUGCGAGUGCGGGAUGAGGAGUUAUCUCUGCGCGAGAGGAGGGAUAAUAUAAUGCACAGACGAUACUCGGACGAGUUCGACGGGAACGAGAUGGAGCUGUUCCAGCAGUACAAAGAGCAGAACCUGAUGUGGGGCAGUGAGGACGAGGACGUCCCGGUGUUCAGUCCGGUCCGCCGCAAAAAAGCUAUUAAAGUCAAACAUGUUAAACGCAGAGAGAAGAAAUUUGACAAAAAGAAAGAGUCCCGGCGUCACAAACAGAAACAGAAGCAUAAAGACCGAAUUCGGCACAACAGCCGAGUGGACGGGCGGCAGGUCGGUGAUUUACACCAGUGUCUCGGGCCGAACUGCAUCGAGGCGGCGCGACCCAACUCCAAAUACUGCUCUGAGGACUGCGGCAUGAAACUCGCAGCCAACCGGAUAUACGAGAUUUUGCCGCAGCGGAUCCAGCAGUGGCAGCAGAGUCCGUGUGUGGCGGAGGAGCAGGGCAGGAAGCAGCUGGAGCGAAUCAGACGCGAGCAGCAGGCCGCCCGCCUUCGCCUCGCCGAGAUGGAGCGCCGCUUCCACGAGCUGGAGGGAAUCAUCGCCAAGGCCAAGCAGCAGGACGUGCAGCAGGACGAGGAGGUGAGUGAAACUGAGGGCGAGGACACGGACCUGCAGAUCUUCUGUGUGUCCUGCAGUCACCCCAUUAACCCCAAAGUGGCGCUGCGUCAUAUGGAGCGAUGCUACGCCAAGUAUGAGAGUCAGACGUCGUUUGGAUCUAUUUUCCCGACGCGAAUUGAAGGGGCGACGAGGCUGUUCUGUGAUGUUUAUAAUCCUCAGAGUAAAACUUACUGUAAGAGGCUUCAGGUUUUGUGUCCGGAACAUUCCAGAGACCCGAAGGUGCCGGUGGAUGAGGUGUGCGGGUGUCCGUUAGUGAGGAACGUGUUUGAGGAGUCGGGGGAGUUCUGCAGGGUCUCGAAGAGGAAGUGUAAUAAACAUUACUGCUGGGAGAAACUGAGGAGAGCAGAGGUGGAUCUGGAGCGCGUCAGAGUGUGGUAUAAGCUGGACGAGCUGUUUGAGCAGGAGCGAAACGUCCGGACGGCGAUGACCAACCGAGCCGGACUCCUCGCGCUGAUGCUGCACCAAACCAUCCAGCACGACCCGCUCACCACCGACCUGCGCAGCAACAAGGACCGAUAACCUGCAGCCGCCUCCGUUUAUUAAUAUCUGUAUUAAUUCAGGAAGAAUUCACUAAAACUCACUUUCUUCACGUCUUUAUUCCGUCUCUCUCUGUAGAUUUGAUCCUCUGGACUUUUCUCUUUAUCGUUUACAGGGAGAGCUAACUGAUCCCGAGUCGCUCGUUUAUGAUGUGUAAAGAUUUCUAUCAGAAUUUUGAUGUAAAUAAAUUGUUUGUUUAGAGAUUGAA